AUGGCGCGCUCCUCGCGGGGUGGCGGCAGCGGCGGCAGGCGCAGCAGGACGUACUGGAUGUGCAGCUGCGGUGGGUGGAACUGGGACUGGCGCACCACGUGCCUUGGCUGUGGGUACGCGGCCCCGCCAUGGGCGCUGGAAGCGGCAGCAGCCAAGGCCAAGCCCCAGGCGGAUAAGGACGGCUGGGUGGAUCAGCCGCGCGGGCGCCGUGCCCAGCGGCCGGCCCGCAUUGCUGCAACGAGUGCGGCAACCUCCAAGUCGCAGACCUCGGCGUCGGGCGCCAGUGGGGCGCCCAGCGGCAGCGGCGCCACGGCGAUCGAGAGGCUGCAAGUGGCGGUCGGGCAGCUGGAGGCGCUGCAGGCGGAGCCGCCCGACGGGGUCGAUUGCUGCUUCACCGACGUCGUCGCCAGCCAGUUGGAGGCCAAGCGCGCCGAGCUGGCAGAGGCCCAGCGGGCCGCAGCAGAGCAGAAGGCGUCCUCCAUGCCGCUGUCGACGAUGCUCCAUAAGGAGGCGAACGCCAUCAGCAAGGCCGAGAAGCGCCUCCGAGCAGCGCGCCAGAGCCUGGAGCAGAAGCAGGAGGCUCGUGGCCUCGUCGAGGCCCAGCUGCAGAAGGCCCAGGAGGAGCUGGCGCAGCUCGACGCGGAGGUGGAGGAGGUCCCAGGGCUCCUCAUGCAGCUGGACAAGCUGCCCGAGGCAUGGGGCUCCAGCGACUUCGAGGUGGCGUUUGCAGCCAUUCGCUCCCAGGUGGAGGCGGUGCGUGCGCAGCUCGCCGAGGCCCCCGCCGUCCCGAGGAGAGCGCCCUGGGCGGAGUCGUGCCCCAUGGACGAGAUCAGCAGUGAGGGCGGCGACCACGCAGGAGGCUGCAGGCCUUGGCAGCCGCAGUGCGCCGCGGAGCGCGGCCAGGCCGAACGUCGCGGCGACGCCCGCGGCGAGUGGCCGAAGGUCGCCCAGGCGUGCAAGCGGGAGCUGGCGGCCGAGGAUGUCCGCUGCGGGAUGGAGGAGCUCGGGGGCAACGGCAACGCAUGGAGGAGGAGCCUGGAGGUGAUCGAGGCCUUGGGCUCUCGCAGCAGGGCCCCGCCGCGCCUUGUGAUGCACCAGGGGGCCCCCCGGGCUCCGCGCCGCCUGGAGGAGGCCAGAGGAGCAGCGAGGCGCAUGGGAUAUGCGGCGUUCCUCCACGCGUCGGCGCCCACGGGUAAGGAAGGCCCGCUGGCGAACUCAGGCGGCGUCGCAGCCUGGAGGCAUUGCUUGAGUGGAGUCACAGUGUCCACUGCGUCAGGCCUGCAGCUGCUGGCGUGCUCGCUGUACCUCCAAGGCUCCCUGGGCCCCGAAGGCUUCAACCUCGACAGCUUCGCCGCCUUCGGCGACGCCGUGCCCUGCCAGAGACCGCGGUUCAUUUCCGUCGUGGGCCUGGCCACCGAGUCGUUCAGCACCAACGGGGCAGUUUUGGCAGGGUGUGCGUGUGCCACCACUGUGGCCAAGCUGCCUGUGCUGGCAGCCCUCCGCGCCGCCUCGGCGGGCGGCAGGCCACUGCGUGUCGCUCGCAACGUCGUCGGCGACAUCGCGCUGCAGGCCGUGGGCGCGGAGCAGCUGGUGGCCGCGCGGCUCGGCAGCGCUGGGCUGGAAGUGUUUCGCCGCCUCCGUGUUCAGCACCUUCCCCUCAGCGCUGCCGAGACGAACUUCCUCGCUCCGAGCCCCAGCCUAGGAGCGCUUCGCCGAGCGCGCAGGCUGGACCCGAUCCACAAGGCUGGGCCCGCGGCCAGCAGGGUGUGCGGUCGCACGGUCACGGGCAAUGCGGGCGGCAAGCUGCACGUAUGGAGGCUGGCGGCCUGCCGCAGCGCAGGGGCGCUCCCCAUGGGCGCGGAGCGAGGGCUGCGCAUGCGCUGCGCCGAGCUCAGGAGGAGGCGUAACCUGGAUCCUGCAGCCCUCAAGGCAGGCCACGCUGUCCAGAUGCUGGCGGGCCUGCUGCUGACAGGCGAACUGCCGCCCAGGAUGAUGGAGCGGGGGCUGGAGGCGGCGGCGACCAGGUCGCACGCUCACACGCGCGCGCGGGCCGACAUGCGCUUCAAGUCCGAGCUGUGCUCAGCGCGCUCUCAGCGUCACUUUGGCCCAUGA